AUGGAGUCCAGCUUUCGCUCGACGGUGCUGUCGCGGCCGCACGGAGGCGGAGGGCGUGACGAUGGCGAGGACGAUCGACGACGACGCGACAUAUUGCACCCGACCAGCGGUGCAGCAGCCCAUGCAGUAGGUUCUGGUGCGCCUGGUGCGGCGCCUGCGUCGUUGGGAGCAGCAACAGCAAGGUCAUCAUUCUCGCUGCGAUCACCCACGCAAUCCCAAUCACAGUCAGCGACGCUGCCCCAUCCGCCUCCCUUUGGUUCGCCUUCGGCCUCCACCACCACCAACGGCCACGGCAGUAAUUCCCAGCCGGCUUCGAGAUCCAUCCUCAACUCUCCCUACAUCUCGUCGCCAUCAUCGCGACCGGCACACCUCGCAUCGUCAUCGGCCUCCGCCACAGCCCGGCCGGGACCUCACUCACCCUUGCACGCGCCUCCUCAGUACUUUCCUUCAGAACUGCGCGACCCUCCUCGCGAGAAGGCCGCUGCAGCCGCGACGACGACGACAGCGCCGACCACGCGCAGCUUCUACGAUCCUCUCAAGGACAUGACUACGACAGUCAAGGAGCAGCAGCAGCAGCAGCAGCAACCGCAGCAUCAUCAACACCAGCGUCACGGCUCCUCCGAGACGGGCUCCUGGCCAAGCAGCAGUGCGAACCAGCACGCUUCGCCGCCAAAGCACCGGGACCCUUAUCACUAUUCCAGCCAGCGCGCCGACUCUGGCUCCUACUACAACGGGAGUUACAAGUCCUCCACCACAACUUCUGGAUACCCUCCCCGAAGCCCAGUAUCGCGAUCCCAUCAUCACCAGCCUGCCGGCUCCAUCAGCCCUCCGGCCAAGGGCUCACAAAUGGCGUCACCCACGAUGAGGCAUUCCGCUGCGCCCAGCGGCACGCCUGCCUCAAAUGGUACCUCGACUCCUGCCAACGGGCUUGGCACUUAUUCGAGGACAGAGUCACCCGCACCCAAGGCUGCCGCGCCUGCGACUACUCCCAGUCGUGCCGCCGAACUCAUGUCCUUCUCCAACAUCCUCUCCAGCUCCGAACCCAUCGAGAAGCCGAAGCCGAAAUCCCCUGUACCGUCUGAAGAACCCGAGAGGGAGGUCAAGCCCAAGGUCGAAAAGGUCGAGGAGAAGAGGCAGAAGCCUGUCCGCAAGGUCAAGUCCCGAGCUUCAGACCUCAGGCACGCCGAGGCGACCCCGAAGGCUACAUCGCGGCGAAGUUCAACUAAGAUUUCUUCGGAGCCGCGCGUCCCCGCCAAGAGGCAAGCCAACGGCCAGGCCAAGAAGAAGGGCCUAUCAGCCGAGAAGGAAAAGAACAUUCGCGACCUGAUGGACCAGUUCGACAACGAGGCUGGCGACAUCGACGGCGCCGAGUUUGACGAGGAGCUCAAGGCGUUCAAGGAGCGUGCUCUCCGCCGCCGCACCGAGAUGGCUGCCCGCGAGUCCAAGGAGCAUCCUGCUCGUCGUGACGAGUUCACCGACUUCACCCUGAAGAAGCUCGCCGUCCACGCAGAGCUUGGCAAGCGUCGGUACGACGAUAUGUACUACGAGGAGGCCAUGCACGAGGUCCGCGAGCGCGAGCUCUUCGCCGAGAAGGAGCGAAAGAAGGACAUGCAGCGAAAGCGACGGCGCGAGAAGUCCAUGGCUGUCACUAUGGAGCAGAAGGACGCCGCCCUGGCCAGGGCAGCUGCCGCCGAGGACGAACAGGAGCGCCAGAAGCACCUUCGCGAGGCCGAGCGCGCCAACAAGAAGGCCCAGCAGACCAAGCUCAUCCUGCAGAAGGGUCUCAAGGGCCCUGCCAGGAAUCUGGCCCCGGUCGAGCUCAACCACGAAGGCGGCGUCAUGGCUACCUUCCAGGCUGCCGACAUGGAGCCUGGCAAGGGCAAGAGCAAAGGCCGUGGCGGCUCACGUCCCAAGAAGUCCAAGGAGCAGAAGCAGCAGGAGAAGGACAACGCCGAGGCCGCACAGGCCGCCAUCGACGCUGGCGAGGAGCUGCCUCCUCCGCGCGACGAGCCCAAGAUCCGCAUUAAGAUUAGCAAGAAGGGCUCUAAGGACAAGGACAAGGCCAAGGAUAAAGACAAGGAAGAUGGCCAGAACGACAAGGAGAACAAGGAGCCCAAGGAGUCCAAGGAGAAGGCCAAGGCAGAGGAGCCCAAGGACUCUCUCGAGACCAGGUUCCAGUCUAAGGGCUACAACCAGAUUUAUGACCAGAUCUGGAGGGACCUUGCUCGCAAGGAUGUCAACAAGGUGUUCCGCCUGGCGACCGAGUCCUACAGCAUGAAGGCGUCCAACCUCAAGAAGACGGCGAUCCUGGCCUCCAAGGAAGCCAAGAGGUGGCAGCUGCGCACCAACAAGGGCACCAAGGACCUGCAGGCCCGUGCCAAGCGUGUCAUGCGUGACAUGAUGAGCUUCUGGAAGCGCAACGAGCGCGAGGAGCGUGAUCUCCGCAAGGCCGCCGAGAAGCAGGAGCUCGAGAACGCCCGGAAGGAGGAAGCAGACCGCGAAGCCGCUCGGCAGAAGCGGAAGCUCAACUUCCUCAUCACCCAGACCGAGCUGUACUCUCACUUCAUCGGCAAGAAGAUCAAGACACAAGAGGUCGAGCGCAGCACGGAUCAUCCGGAUGUCGCCGUCGAAGAGAAGGACAAGGCGCCCGACCACAACCACAUCAAUGUCAAGGAGCCUACCGGCCCCGUCAGCAAGGUCACCAACUUUGAGAACCUCACUUUCGAGGAGGAGGACGAGGACAAGCUGCACGAGGCGGCCAUGGCGAAUGCGCAGAAUGCCAUUGCCGAGGCGCAAGCCAAGGCUCGCGAGUUCAACCGCGAUGCCGACGACAUGGAGAUGGACGAGGAGGGCGAGAUGAACUUCCAGAACCCGACUGGCCUCGGCGACAUCGAGAUCGAGCAGCCCAAGAUGCUGAAUGCGCAGCUCAAGGAGUACCAGCUCAAGGGUCUCAACUGGCUCGUCAACCUGUACGAGCAGGGCAUCAACGGUAUCCUUGCUGAUGAGAUGGGUCUCGGAAAGACUGUCCAGUCCAUCUCCGUCAUGGCUUAUCUCGCGGAGCAGCACGACAUCUGGGGUCCCUUCCUCGUCGUCGCCCCGGCCUCGACCCUGCACAACUGGCAGCAGGAGAUCAAGAAGUUCGUGCCCGAGUUCAAGGUUCUCCCCUACUGGGGUUCCGCAGGCGACCGUAAGGUGCUGCGGAAGUUCUGGGACCGCAAGCACUCCAAGUACAAGAAGGACGCCCAGUUCCACGUGCUCAUCACCUCGUAUCAGCUGGUCGUCGCCGACGUCGCCUACAUGUCCAAGAUGAAGUGGCAGUACAUGAUCCUCGAUGAGGCCCAGGCCAUCAAGAGCUCGCAGAGCUCUCGCUGGAAGGUCCUGCUCAACUACCACUGCCGUAACCGCCUGCUCCUCACCGGUACCCCUAUCCAGAACAACAUGCAGGAGCUGUGGGCGCUGCUUCAUUUCAUCAUGCCGUCGCUCUUCGACUCGCACGACGAGUUCAGCGAGUGGUUCUCCAAGGACAUCGAGUCUCACGCGCAGAGUAACACCAAGCUCAACGAAGACCAGCUCAAGCGUCUGCACAUGAUUUUGAAGCCCUUCAUGCUUCGUCGUGUCAAGAAGCAUGUGCAGAAGGAGCUUGGCGACAAGAUUGAGCUCGACGUCUUCUGCGACCUCACGUACCGCCAGCGCGCCAUGUACGCCAACCUCAGAAACCAGAUCAGCAUCAUGGACCUCAUCGAGAAGGCAACGAUGGGCGACGACAACGAUUCUGGCACGCUGAUGAACCUCGUCAUGCAGUUCAGGAAGGUGUGCAAUCAUCCCGAUCUGUUUGAGCGCGCGGACACGACUUCGCCUUACUCGAUGAGCACCUUUGCUGAGACGGCGUCGUUCGCCCGCGAGGGUAACAACGUCCCGGUCGGCUACUCUGUCCGCAGCGCUAUCGAGUACCCCCUUCCCAAGCUUUUGUGGCGUGAGGGUGGCAGGUUACGGGUCGCUGGCGACGACAACCCGCAGGCUGGCUUCAGGAAUAAGUACCUGAACCAUAUGAUGAACAUUUGGACGCCUGACAAUGUCCGCGAGAGCCUGGGUGGCAAGGACGCCUUCUCCUGGCUGCGCUUUGCCGACGCGAGCAUUGGCGAGGUCUCCAAGGCUGCCCGGGAGGACGUCUUCACCCGAGCUACACGUCUGGCCCAGAAGACCAAUCGUCUUGGUGCCAUGAGCAUUGCGUACGAUGAGCCCGAGGACAAGACGUACACUCCUUCCCAUGCCCUGUUCUCCAUUGUCAAUCGCGCCGAGCGCAAGCCCCUGGCCGACAUCACUCGCGAGGGUGUUCUCAACAGGCUGAUGAAUGUCUCGCGUGAGUCGUACGACAACACUGGCCUCACGCGUCUUGACCAGGCCGGUCGGCCGAAUGCGUCGGCGCCUCCAAUUGAGGUUGUCUGCGACAGCCGUGGCGCCGUCAUCGAGAACGAGAACGUCAUGUUCAACGUCCCCAUGCGGCGAGCCCUCUACGGUCCCAACCCGGUCGAGGAGAAGGCCCUCGUCACGCAAAAGAUCUCGCCUGAUAACUACCCCACCAGGGCUUUGCUGCCGCAGCCCGACGUCGAGAAAAAGCGGUUCAACAACAUCAGCACGCCCUCGAUGCGUCGCUUCGUUACCGACUCUGGUAAGCUGGCCAAGCUCGACCAGCUCCUGUUCAAGCUCAAGGAGGAGGGCCACCGCGUCCUGCUGUACUUCCAGAUGACGCGCAUGAUCGAUCUCAUGGAGGAGUACCUAACCUUCCGCAACUACAAGUAUUGCCGCCUCGACGGCUCGACCAAGCUCGAGGACCGUCGCGACACGGUGCAGGACUUCCAGACGCGGCCCGAGAUCUUCAUCUUCUUGCUGUCGACGCGCGCCGGCGGUCUCGGCAUCAACCUCGUGGCGGCCGACACCGUCAUCUUCUACGACUCGGACUGGAACCCGACCAUCGACUCGCAGGCCAUGGACCGCGCGCACCGCCUCGGCCAGACACGGCAGGUGACGGUGUACCGGCUCAUCACGCGCGGCACCAUCGAGGAGCGGAUCCGCAAGCGCGCGCUGCAGAAGGAAGAGGUGCAGCGCGUGGUCAUCUCGGGCGGCGCGGGCGCGUCGGCGGGCGUCGACUUCUCUGGCCGCCGGGCGCCGGAGAACAGGAACCGCGACAUCGCCAUGUGGCUGGCCGACGACGAGCAGGCCGAGAUGAUUGAGCGGCGGGAGAAGGAGCUGCUCGAGAGCGGCGAGUACGACAAGCAGGCCAAGAAGAAGGGCGGUCGGAAGAAGCGCGGCGGCGCGGCUGCCGCGGCGAAUGCCUCGGGUGGGGACGGCGCGGGUGUCAGUCUUGAUGACAUGUAUCACGAAGGCGAAGGACACUUUGACGACCGGCCCUCGGGCACGGCGACGCCUGUCGAUGCGGUUGAUGGGAAGGGCGGGAAGCGCAAGCGGGGCAACACCAAGAAGGCCAAGACGACCAAGCAGAGGCUUGCGAUCGCGGAUGGCGAGAUUGAUAUCUGA